GAGUCACCUCCUCCUCCCACAGAAGACGGUCCCCAUCUGGGCUCCCUUUCGUCCUCCUCUGACUCUCAACAACAGCAGAGCCUGACAAGCAAACAUGCUGCUGCUGGCAGCACUUGUGGCCACAGCCUCCUGGUCUUAUGGAUUUGCACAAAUAUAUCCUGUGCAGAGCCCUAUAUCCAUUACCAAGUCCCAAAGAAGUGCAAGAAUGACAUGUGAAAUCAAAAUUUUGCAGGAAAUGUUUGAAAGCCUAUCCAUACACUGGUAUCAACAGAAAGAGGGUAGAGCUCCAGAGAGGGUCCUGCACUUCUCAGAAGGAAAACUUGUAGUUGAAACUGGCUUUCUAGCAAAAAGGUACAUGGUCGAAAAAGUUUCUAGGCAGAAACGAUAUAUUCUUACAAUUAAAGAUGUGAUUCCAGAUGACGCCGCUAUUUACUACUGCGCUUAUGUAAGACUGUGGGAUGCCGAUAUCAAAAUAUUUGGAAGUGGAACUAAACUUAUUGUUUCAAGCAAAGGAAAUUCUCCACCAGCAAACUCUGAAAUCCUGAAGAAGGAACAUGAAAAUCAGAUAACAUAUGUUUGCCUUGUUGAGAAAUUCUACCCAGAAGUUAUUCGGGUGACAUGGACCAAUGAAAAAAAUGAGGAGGUAACAGACAAUGUAGUAAAAGGAGACACUUGGAAGGCCACAAAAAAUGAGGAAUACUCAAUUGGCAGCUGGCUAACUGUACCACUGGAGAACAAAGACAAAAAAUAUUACUGCAAAUACGAGCACGAAAGCCAAGAGCUUUCACUGCCGACACAAGAUAUAGACUUCUCUUCAAAGACUGCUCCUCAGGAAGAGGACUGCGACACAUCUGGAAACAGCACAGUUUUUAAUAGAGAUCACAUUAUACACAGGACAGCGUAUUUAGUGUACAUCGUCCUUCUUCUGAAGAGCUCCAUGUACUAUCUCAUCGUACUCUUCUUCAUCUACAGAAUGUGGGCUGUCACCAAGCACCAAGGAAAGAAAGCAUAAAUGCUUGUUUUGGAAAGGCUAACAAAAUCAUUUUCAAUUUGCUUUGCUAUAUAUUUAUCCAUAUAGACUCCCCUGCUCUCAGUGUAAGAUUUAACAACAACAAAAAUCCCCACAUAAUCUUA